AUGAUUAUAGCUUCACUCGGGCUGAUAUCUUUUUCGUCGUUGAAAAACGAUAUGGGUUUGUGUUCCUCAAAGAAACGAUACACAACAGAACUUUCUGAUGAGGAGGUGGCAGCUAUCAGGGAGGUCUGGAUAAGAGCUAAGAACGACAACGUCGGCAAGAAGAUCCUACAAACUCUCAUUGAGAAACGUCCAAAGUUUGCGGAAUAUUUCGGAAUUCAAAGCGAAUCACUCGAAAUUAAAACAUUGAAUCAAAGCAAGGAAUUUCAUUUGCAGGCUCAUCGCAUACAAAAUUUCCUAGAUACUGCUGUUGGUUCCCUAGGAUUCUGUCCUAUUUCGAGUGUUUACGACAUGGCACAUCGCAUUGGGCAAAUACAUUUUUAUAGAGGAGUGAACUUCGGAGCUGACAACUGGCUCGUGUUCAAAAGGGUAACUGUCGAUCAGGUCACAACAGGACAAUCGGACAGCAGCAACGAACCAGAGCAGAACGGAGUCACAAAGGUCGAAGAGGAAAACGGGACGUUUCCUACAGUCGGUAUUGCGAACCCAUACAGCGGCGAAAACUGCUUGGCACGUCUCGGAUGGAACAAAUUAAUGACAGUGAUUGUGCGAGAAAUGAAAAAAGGAUUUUUGGAAGAAGCGAUGCGUAACUGUAAGGAAGAGGAUAACAAUGGCCUGCUUUGA